AUGGUCAAGGAAACAAAGCUCUACGAUGCCCUUGGCGUAUCGCCAACCGCCACAGAUGCAGAAUUAAAGAAGGCAUACAAGACGGGAGCAUUGAAAUGGCACCCUGAUAAGAAUGCACACAACCCCGCAGCCGAAGAAAAGUUCAAAGAAAUUUCACACGCUUACGAAAUUCUAUCCGAUGCCCAGAAGCGUCAAAUCUACGACCAAUAUGGUGAAGCCGGUCUCGAGGGAGGUGCCGGAGGCGGCGGCAUGGCUGCCGAGGAUCUCUUCGCCCAGUUCUUCGGUUCGACCGGCUUCGGCGGCGGUCUUGGCGGUAUGUUCGGCGGCGGGAUGGGCGGCGCAUCUCGUGGUCCUCCUAAAGCGCGAACUAUUCAUCACACGCACAAAGUAUCCCUGGAAGACAUCUACCGGGGUAAGAUCUCUAAGCUAGCCUUACAACGGUCCGUCAUCUGCCCCAAGUGCGAAGGCCGUGGUGGUAAGGAAGGUGCUGUUCGACGUUGCCCUGGCUGUGACGGUCACGGUAUGAAGACUAUGAUGCGACAAAUGGGCCCAAUGAUUCAACGUUUCCAAACCGUCUGCCCCGAUUGCAACGGAGAGGGCGAGAUCAUCAAGGAGAAGGACCGCUGCAAGUCUUGCAACGGAAAGAAGACCAUCGUCGACAGGAAAGUACUCCACGUUCACGUUGAUCGUGGUGUCCGAAGCGGUACGAAAGUCGAGUUCAGGGGUGAGGGUGACCAAGCCCCUGGCGUCCAGGCUGGAGAUGUUGUCUUUGAGAUCGAACAGAAGCCGCACCCUCGGUUCACCCGGAAGGAAGACGACCUCCUCUACCGCGCCGAGAUUGAGCUUGUUACAGCGCUAGCUGGCGGUACAAUCUACAUCGAGCAUCUAGAUGAGAGAUGGUUAAGUGUUGAGAUCUUACCCGGCGAGGCUAUCGCACCAGACGCUGUCAAGAUGUUACGAGGACAGGGUAUGCCUUCCCCUAGGCACCACGACUUCGGCAACAUGUACAUACAGUUCGCCGUGAAGUUCCCAGAGAAGAACUGGACAGAAGAUCCUGCUGCCUUUGAAGGUUUACGCAAUAUCCUUCCCGCUCCAACCUUCCAGAACAUCCCGCCUCCGGAUGCUAUGACGGACAGCGUUGAACUGGAAGACCUGGAUCACCAAGGACAAGCCCGAGCAUUCGGUGGUGGUGCAGGAGGUAUGGAAGAGGACGAUGAAGACGGCCAUCCUCACGCUGAACGUGUGCAAUGCGCGUCCCAAUAGACGGACAGUCUGCCUAAUAAGGGGGUUUUAUUGAAUCGGGUUACGGGGUAGUAGGUACUGCAUAGUCUAUCGUGCCUCGCAUAAUUUGCCCAUACUCUUAUACCUUCAGGAAUCCGUUUGCGGUUGAGUUGGUUGAGAGGGAGAGCUUAUUUACGGCGUAGCGUUUCGACGGUUUGAGGACACGAAUGUUUUGCAUGUUCAGGGCGAGCGCGGAGGGAAGGAGUCUGCUAUACGGUUGAUAUGAACAACGGGUCCGCUAUUAUGAUAGGAGGGCAUAGUUCACUUUUCUCUGCAGCUCUCCUUUUUUCUUUUAUUAUGACAUGGAGCAACAUGCCGUACAGUGGUGCUCUUGUGAAAUUGGCGUUCGAAGGACAUAGAGGAAUUAGGACAGAUGUUGCUUUAUACAUGAUGGCAAUUCCGGUAUUGAUUGCAUUGAGAACAGUUUGGUUCAGCUAAAGCGAUGCAGUGCUGAUUUAUUCGUGACAUUCUGUGCUGACGUUGCUUUAUUACCGUAUGUACUAUAAGUUGGUA